CAGUUAAGCGUCAGCAGCGACAGGAGCUUGCGGCCUAGCUUCCGAUAGACUCCCCGGCCUUUCCCGAUAGGGUACCGCCUGCCCGUUUUCGAAGCGCUGUAGCUUCCGGCUUCUUCUGUCACACCGGGUCCCCGACAUUAUGGCGCCGCGACUCCAGCUGGAGAAAGCUGCCUGGCGGUGGGCGGACACAGUGAGACCCGAAGACGUGGGGCAGGAGCACAUCGAAACGGCUUACCGGGUCCGCCUGGAGCCCUGCGUCCGGGGCGUGUGCAGGAGAAACUGUAAAGGAAAUCCAAACUGUUUAGUGGGGCUCGGUGAGCACGUCUGGCUCGGUGAGAUUGAUGAGAACAGCUUUCACAACAUCGAUGACCCAAACAGCGAGAGGAGGAAGAAGGACACGUUUGUUGGUUUGACCAAUUUGGGGGCCACUUGUUACGUGAACACGUUUGUCCAAGUGUGGUUUCUUAACAUGGAGUUCCGCAGAGCUCUGUAUCUGUACGAGAAUUUGCGGAGCGUGGCCAAGGCCGAGGAGUGCAUCCAGGAGGAUAAAGAGUACGAGCCCCAGUCCGUCUGCGAGCAGCUCCAGUACUUGUUUGCUUUACUGCAAAACAGCAACAGGCGGUACAUCGAUCCAUCUGGGUUCAUCAAAGCUCUCGGCCUGGACACCGGACAACAACAGGACGCCCAGGAAUUCUCCAAGUUGUUUAUGUCUCUGCUGGAGGACACUUUGUCUAAACAGCAGAAUCCAGAUGUAAGAAACAUUAUUCAGAAUCAGUUCUGUGGACAGUGUGCUUAUGUCACAGUCUGCAGUCUCUGUGGCCGGGAAUCUAAGUGCGUCUCCAAGUUUUAUGAGUUGGAACUGAAUAUCCAGGGACACAAGCAACUCACGGACUGCAUCGCCGAAUUCCUCAAGGAAGAAAGGCUGGAGGGUGACAAUCGCUAUUUCUGCGAGAACUGCCAGAGUAAGCAGAACGCUACGAGAAAGAUUCGCUUGCUUGAUCUGCCGCCGACGCUCAAUCUGCAGCUGAUGCGUUUUGUGUUUGACAGGCAAACGGGUCAUAAGAAGAAGCUGAAUACAUACAUCGGGUUUUCAGAGACUCUGGACAUGAACCCAUCUUUAGAGGGGACUGACGGAAGGUUUGUGUACGACCUGAGUGCGGUCCUUAUACACAGAGGAGUGAGUGCGUACUCUGGCCAUUACAUCGCUCAUGUGAAGGAUCCUCAAACUGGCGAAUGGUAUAAAUUCAACGACGAAGAGAUAGAGAAGAUGGAGGGCAAGAAACUUCAGCUAGGGAUUGAGGAGGAUCUAGAGCAGUCUAAAGCCCCAGCACGCAAACCUAAAUGUGCCAAAGGCAUCCACUGUUCCCGCAACGCGUACAUGUUGGUUUAUCGGCGAAAGUCGGAUGAGAAAGAGGAUGUACCUUUUGAGGUGCCAGCUUUCCUGCAGAAGCUGGUGGAACUGGAUAACUGCAAGUUUGAGGAAUGGUGCGUGGAGAUGUCUGAGAUGCGCAGAGAAAGCGUAGACAAAGGGAAAGCCAAGCAUGAGGAGGUGAAGGAGCUGUACCAGAGGUUACCUGCUGGAGCUGGGGACGCCUAUGAGUUUGUGUCUCUGGAAUGGCUCCAGAAAUGGCUGGAUGAGUCCACACCGACCAAAGCCAUUGACAACUCCAAAUGGCUGUGCCCACACGGCAAGCUACACCCUGACAAGACUUCCAUGAUGAAGCGGAUCUCUGCGUACGCAGCAGAAAUAUUUUACCAGCGAUACGGGGGAGGCCCUCGCCUCAAAGCUGACGCGUUGUGCAAGAGCUGUGUGGUGGAGCGGUGCCGGCUUCUUCGCCUGAAGAACCAGUUAAAUGAAGAUUAUAAAACCAUAUGUAACUUGGUGAAGGUUACGGCCAGCAGUGAUGAAGGCUUUUGGGUUGGGAAGGCAUCGCUGCGACGCUGGCGCCAGUUGGCGUCCGAGCAGCUGGGUCAGCAGGAUGAUGAACUGGAUACGAGCAAUGGGAAUGUUAAUGGAGACGCGCCGAAGAUGGAUUCAGAUGAUUUGCCUGAAGAAAAGAAAGAAAGUGAGCCGGAGCUUGGCUUUAAUGAAGACAUCGUUUGCGAGCACGGUGGGCUCUGCACUGGUGAAAGUGAGAGGAAAGUGAUAACGGAUGAAGCGUGGUACAAACUGAAGGUGUACUUCCCUAGUGCUCCAGAAUUUCGGCACAACCAGGAGUCCUGUUCCCAGUGCAAGGUUUUAGAAAUGGAAGGUGAGAAGAAUGAAGCCCUCCAUAAGAUGAUGGCAAGCGAGCAGAAAGCAGCCCUUUUCAACCUCUUCCAGGACAAGAACAGGCCGUCGGCCGCCAACUGGCCUCAGGAGAUUUCCGAGCUCUACGUCGUCUCGCAGUUUUUUGUGGAAGAGUGGCGAAAGUUUAUACGGAGGCCAACGAGAUGCAGCCCUGUGUUGUCCCUGGGUAACAGCAUCCUCCUGUGUCCGCACGGGGGCAUCAUGUUCACGUUUUCCAACAUGACCAACGAAGACGCCAGGCUUGUAGCUCUCUUAUGGCCUGAAGAAUGGGAAAUCAUGCGGAAGCUCUUUAUCGUCGAUUACUCGAUAAGGAUUAGCAGAUCGUUUGUGACGGAGGGCGAUGGGAUUGUAGCUGCGCAGUAUGUGUCCGAGCCAGAGAUGUGUCCAGACUGCCGGGAAGGGCUGCUAUGUCAGCAGCAGAGGGACAUGCGCGAAUACGCCCAGGCAACAAUCUACAUCCACAAAGUGGUGGAUAACACAAAGGUGAUGAAGGAGGCUGCUCCCGAGCUGAAUGUCAGCAGUUCCGAGCCCGAGGAUGAAAAAGAUGAUCCGCGACCCGAAGGGGAGAUUGAUCCAGAUUUCCACCAGACAAACGGAGGAGUGAAGCGUCAGAAGGUGUCCAGCCAGGGCCACGUUUCCCACCACAAGCAGGGCAUCCGGCGCAGCACGCGGAAUAGGAAGGUGCGGGGAGAAAAGGCUUUGCUGGUCUCUGCCAACCAGACCUUAAAGGAUUUGAAAAUCCAGAUCAUGCACGCGUUCUCAGUGGCUCCGUUCGACCAGAACUUGUCCAUUGAGGGGAAGGUGUUGAGUGAUGACUCCGCCACUCUCGGUGACCUGGGGAUCAUUCCAGAAUCUGUGAUUUUAUUAAAGGCAGAUGAACCGAUUGCAGACUACGCUGCCAUAGAUGAUGUGAUGCAAGUUUGUAUGCCAGAGGAAGGAUUUAAAGGAACGGGUCUUCUUGGGCACUGACGCAGGGUUCAGCUCGUAGCGCGGAGCACCGCGGUGUUUCCGUUCAGACCGAAGACAUCGGCUUUCCCAGGAGGCCUUUCUUCCAGAUUCAUCUCCCACUCCAAAUGCCUUAUGACUACAGCAGAUUGCACUGAUGGACUGCCGAGCGAGACGACGGGAUAAAUGGAUUUUUUAUAUGUACAUAAAGGAGAAAAUAAAGUGUAUCAUGUUGAGGAUCAGCCGCCAUAAAACUUUUUACAUAGAGAAUUAAGGGGAAAUAGUUUUAUGAUUCUUAGACUUAUGUCUCGCAGCGAGGGUCUCCAGGCGGCCGACGACAGACUUUCGUAUUUAAAUGGUGGACUUGGCCGGUUCCUGCGGGUCCUGCGCGGCGGUGGGCAGGUGCGCCGAGCUGCUGCCGGUACACGGCCUGCUGGUGAGCGUUAUGCAGUCACUCUGUGUGUUAUGUGAUCAGACGCGGUAUGAAUAAAGCCUGUGAAAUGCACCGGA